AUGAAGGAGAGCGAAGGCGACCCGCAUCUCAAGCAGCAGCGCAAGCAGGCGCAUGCCGAAUGGAGCCAGCGCAACCAGGCGGCUGCUGCCCGCGGCGCGAAUGCGCUGAUCGUGAACCCGACGCAUGUGGCCAUCGCCAUCGACUUCGAGCCGGGCCGCUGCCCGGUGCCCACGGUCAGCGCCAAGGGCGAGGACCAUGUCGCCCGGGCGAUGCGCGAAGCCGCCGGCGAGGCGGGCGUGCCGAUCAUUGACAUGGGAUCAGCAGUUAGCAGCGUUUUCGGUGGCGGCGGCGCCGGUGGCAUCCUGGGUGCCGUGGGCGGCAUCGUGGGUGGCAUCUUCGGCGGCCCGAUCGGUUCGAUGAUCGGCCAGGCUGUGGGCAACCUGCUGCAGCAGGCCAUCGGUGAAGGUCUGCAGGACGGCAUCGGCAAGCUGGUGCAAGACCACGGCAUGCCCAAGUUCCUGGCCAACGACAUCAAGGCCACGAUCGGCAGCGUCCUCGACGGCCUGACCGACCACUCCGUGGAUGCCCACGUUCAACGCGACGUCAACGGCCAGCUCGGCGACUUCAGGGCCAACCUGGCCAGCGAGAUCUCGCGUGACUUCGUCGGCGCCGUGCUGCAGAUUCGCCAGGCCGGUGGCGAAGAAGGCGGCUCCGGCGGCGGCGGCUGGCUGCAGGCCAUCGCCAAGGCCAUGGGCAAGACCCUGGGCGCGAAGGCCGAGAAGAUGGUCGAGCUGUCCAACAAGAUGUCGGAGCUGCAGAAGAACACGAACAGCGGCAACGCCGAGGCGGACAAGAAGAACGCCAACGAGUUCAACCAGACCAUGACCGAGUUCCAGGCCACCGGCCAGGAAUACAGCAUGCUCAACAGCGUGUUCUCGACGGCCAUCAAGAGCCUCGGCGAAGCGCUGUCGUCCAUGGCCCGCAAGCACCUCACCGGCGCCGACCAGCCCGCCUGGUACUCGACCGUGCAGCCGUCCCCGGACGGCCGCUACCUGCUCGCCUACCUGAAGCUGAACUACCGUGACGCCGAGCCGGCGCUGUCGGUCUUCGACACCGAGGGCCGCCGGCUCGGCACUGGCCUGGCUGCCGGAUGGCCGCGUGGUCUACCUGGCCGGCCCCUUCAUCGUCGUGGCGGGCCUGGACGGCAAGCACGCACCGCUGGGCCAGUUGCCGCUGCCGGCCAACGUGAGCGCCCGUGGCGCCGUCAUCCACCCGAGCCCCGAUGGGCAGCAACUGCUGCUGGAGCUGAGCACCACGCUCAAGACGGCCAGCGGCAUCGAGGUGGCGCACACGCUGCUGUACGUGAGCCGGCUCGACGGCAGCCAGUUCCGCGCGCUGACCACGCUGUCGGACGCCGACCGCAAUUCGCUGCUGGACUUCCACCACGUGCGGGCGAGCUGGUCGCCCGACGGUGGCACCGUGGCCUUCGGCAUCAGCAGCGUCGCCGCCGCCACGCAGACGAACGUGGGAUGGCUCAGCUCCUUCUGCUCCCCUAUCGUCCGGGUCCCCGCGACGUCCGAGUCGCGCGUCGUGGACCGGAAUGCUCUGCCCGGCACGCUCAGCUUGCCCGCCGGUGCAGGCACGGGCGUGCUCGAGACCUGCAAGACCUUCGGCAUGGCGUGGAUGUCCUCUCCCUGACGGUGGCCCGAUCUGUGUCUGAUGCUCGUCGAGCUGGACCGGCCGGCGCCGCUGCAGGACCACGCCGACCUCAACCUCAGGCAGGCCCGCCACGACAGCGACAACCGCCACUACGUCAAGAUCCAGAACGUCGGCUUCAAGCAGGACGAGGUGACGGUGUACGCGGCCGCCACGGGUCAGUUGCAGUACACGGCGCGCGUGCCCCGCGUGACCGACGUCCUGGCGUCGCCCGUGUCGCCCGGCGUGCGGGCUUUCGUCUUCGUCGAUACGGCGAGCGACAAGGGGCUGCUGGCCGUCGUGGAUCUGGCAGACCACCAGCGUCUGCUGGCCGUGCAGCAGGGCGAUGUGGGCCGCUACCUGCACUGGUGGAUGCCGGACGGAUCGCUGCGCAGGCUGCACGCCAUCACCGGCGAGCUGUCGGCAGCCGAGGUGCCGCUGCAGGGGGCGAACGCGCCCAUCGUGUGGCAGCCGAUCGGGCGGCUGGCGCCACCGGAGCCCGGUCUGGUGUUCGCCACGGCCGCGUUGUCGCCCGAUGGCCGGGCCCUGUUGCUGUCGGCGGUGGAGCCGCGCUCGCGGCGCGAGGACCUGUGGAUGGCCGACCCGCGCGGUGGCCCGCUGCAGCGCAUCACGCGCGACGGUUUCGUGUCGUUCGUGCGCUGGUCGCCGGAUGCCCGGCACCUGCUCCUCAGGCGCAGCAACGUGUCGUCGAUCAACACGAUCGUCCAGGGCCAGUGCGCGUACUGGCUCGUGCCGGCGAGCGCGCGUGA